AUGUUGCUUGGCGAUGACAUUGGCGAGAGCACGGAGGGGACAAAGGUUGAGUUUACUCUCGGGGACAUUGAUUUGGAUCAACCUACAGAUGUGCUAUCUCAGUUGAACAUUUGGUUGAAUGAUGAAGGUAAAGCUGUGGAACGAGGGGUCCAAUUACGGAAGAGGAAGAGGAUUAUUCCUAUGUGGAAGAUCUUUGAAGCUAGUGAAUUGGUUAAAAAAAAUUUGCCAGAGACAACCCGACUUCAGACGUUAGACCCAAUGAAGGUGAUUCCGCAUGAUGAUAUGGUGAAAUUGCUAAAACUUUGUUGGGAAUGGCGCCAUAACCCAAAUUUGGUGAUGCAAUUUGGCAACGUGGAAGCUGAGAUUGAAUUCUUCGCUUCCCUCGUCAAAGCUGACGGUUGGCUGAAAGGAGAUCGACAACAAGUGUUGGAGGAAAUAGAAAUAUCGGACUGGACAACGAUCGAUGUAUUUUUUAUGUGUGAAAUCAAAGUGUAUGAUUCAAUGGUUUCACUUAUUCCAGAUGAGAUCUUAAAGGAAGAACUCACCCUGCUUUCAAUUAAGAUUCCAAAUCUUCUCAACGCCAUUGACUUUUAUGAAGAAGGUGUUUACGCAAACGAUUGCAGCCGAGAUUGGUGGUGUCCGUGGCCAAUACAAUGCGUGGAUGUUCCACAACAGUCUAAUCAAGGCGAUUGUGGCAUGUUCGUGUUGAAGUACAUUGAGCUUUUGAGCGCUAAGAUUCCGUUAGCUACAUGCCAUGAUAUUGGGUUGAACUUGGUUUAG